AUGUUUUUGUGCCUUUUUGAGCGCAUCGGUAGCAUUAAAUAUGAUAAUGGAAUAUUCCAAAAGGUGUACGGUGAUGGAAAUAUCAUUGUCACAGCAUCAGGAUCAUCAAAACAGCAUAUAAAUGGAACAAAACAAAUGACAAAACCAGAAUACGCAAUUUAUCCAUGGGAAAAGAAAUAUGACUGGUGCUCAAAGGUAAGCCAUACAUAUGACGACCAUCCAUUCAUUAUUUUUUCAAUUAAAUCUAAGAAAUUCAAAUUUAAUGGCUACUUUAUUAGAUGUGGCUGCUGCUAUAACGGAUGCUGCUGUGAUGAUGAUUAUAACAACUACUGCUUUGAUUGCUGCCUCUACAGCUGGUCCCUUCAAAUUUCGGAAGACAAUGAAACAUGGCAGACAGUUCAUUCAAUUGAAAAAGAUGAUUCAAUGAGAAUCUGCAACGAAAAACAAUAUCAUUUUGAUAAGGAAUACACAGCAUCUUAUGUUCGUCUAAUUCAAGACAACGCUUGCCCUGGAUACCCUCCAUGCAUUGCAAUCAACAAGUUUGAUUUGUUUGGAAGUGUUGUUGGCGCUAAUAACGAACCAGAAGAAGAAUUUGUUUCAUUCCAUGAUGAUGACGAAGACGUUAGCAUAAUUGGUCACAUAUCUAAGAACGCAAAGUUAUAA